AUGGCCUUCUAUCAAUAUUUCUUUAAAACCCUUCAAUUACAAAAAGAAGAUGCGGUGAUUAUUGACCGUCCACUAGAUGUAAUAGAAGGAAUUUUACCUCAACUUGUGGAUCAAGUUCGCCUGUUUUCGGUCGUUCAUGCGGAACAUUACAAUGAAAGUCUUUCUAAAGGGAGUCACAUUCUUUGGAAUAAUAAUUAUGAGUAUAUCUUUGAGAACGCGGAUUCUUUUGAGGGAAUUAUUGUGGCAACCGAUCGUCAAAAUCAAAUUUUGAGCAGUCAGCUCAGAAAGAAAACAAUGAUUAAGACCAUUCCGGUUGGUUAUAUCAAUGAGAUUAGUCAAAAAAGAAGCUAUCGUCCUUAUAGCUUAAUUACGGCGAGCCGUCUGGCGACAGAAAAACAUCUUGAUCUUUUAAUCAAGGCGGUAGUAGACGCAAAAGAAAGUGUUCCUGAUUUAACCUUAGAUAUUUAUGGAGAGGGAGGCGAACGAAGUAAAUUAGAAGCCCUCAUUCAGAAAUAUGACGCGAGUCAUUUUAUCAAGCUUUGUGGGCAUAAGGACAUAAGCCAAGUCUAUCCAGACUAUAGUGGUUAUAUUUCAGCCUCUACCUCAGAAGGCUUUGGGCUCUCGCUCCUUGAAGCUUUAGGUGCAGGUCUUCCACUGAUUGGGGUAGAUGUGGAAUACGGAAAUCGUGAAUUUAUUGAAACGGGUGAGAACGGAAUUCGUUUUGAACGGACACCUUUAAAGGAUAUGCCUGAGCAACUUGAGAAAGCAAUCAUUAGCUUCUAUGAGCAACAGUUGGAUAAUAAAGGACGGAUGGUCUCUAAACAAAAAGCCAAAGCUUACCUCAAAGCUAAUGUUGCGAAACGUUGGCAAGAUUUAUUAGAAAAAAGGAAUGGACUUAAUGAAAAUUAA